UUAACUGUUGUGCCAUCUUGCAGCUCUGACCAGCGGGUGAACAUGGAGCAAAACAAUGACCAGGCACCUGGCAAUAAAGCGGAGAGCGCUCAGGCAACCCGACACCUCAGCAUCCAGCGCUGCAUCCAGUCGCUGGUGCAUGCCUGCCAGUGUCGCAACGCCAGCUGCUCGCUGGCCUCCUGCCAGAAGAUGAAGCGCGUGGUGCAGCACGCCAAGGGCUGCAAGCGCAAGACCAACGGCAGCUGCCCCAUCUGCAAGCCGCUCCUCGUGCUCUGCUGCUACCAUGCCAAGCACUGCCAGGAGAACAAGUGCCCCGUGGUCUUCUGCCUCAUCAUGAAGCACAAGCUGCACCAGCAGCAGCUGCAGCACCGACUGCAACAGGCGCAGAUGCUGCGCAGGCGCAUGGCCAGCAUGCAGAAUCCCAGCUCUGACCAGCGGGUGAACAUGGAGAAAAACAAUGACCAGGCACCUGGCAAUAAAGCGGAGAGCGCUCAGGCAACCCGACACCUCAGCAUCCACGGCUGCAUCCAGUCGCUGGUGCACGCCUGCCAGUGUCGCAACGCCAGCUGCUCGCUGGCCUCCUGCCAGAAGAUGAAGCGCGUGGUGCAGCACGCCAAGGGCUGCAAGCGCAAGACCAACGGCGGCUGCCCCGUCUGCAGGCGGCUGAUCGCGCUCUGCUGCUACCACGCCAAGCACUGCCAGGAGAACAAGUGCCCCAUGCCCUUCUGCCUCAACAUCAAGCACAAGCUGCGCCAGCAGCAACUGCAGCACCGGCUGCAACAGGCGCAGAUGCUGCGCAGGCGCAUGGCCAGCAUGCAGAAUCCCAGGUCAAACAGGCAGCGCGCAUAAACGCAUGCAGUCUCUCGCUGCCACGGCUCAUAAAAUGAGGGGGUGACGUGGUGGAAUUCUCCUUUUUAACCAAAAAAGCAAUGCAGACUCUGCAGGCUGAGGAGUGCUUUCAUAUCCAUGAUUGUGUAUAAAUCUUUAAAGUGCCCCUCCAGAUGUAUUUUAAAACCUUUAAACAUUUUCUGUAUUGAAUAAUAAUUUGUUUAGGAUGAUUUUUUUCACCAAAAAAUAAACUACUGAAAAUGG